AUGGCCGUCCCAACUUCACAUCUGCCACGAACUCUCUGGAUCCCUCCAGACAAAGAAGCAACCAAUCUUGACAAAUUUCGACACUGGGUGAAUGCGAAACACAAAUUGGCCUUGAUGGAUUACAAUGAGCUUCAUCAAUGGUCCACAAGCAGAGAGUCGGCCGAGAACUUCUGGAUUGACCUCUUCGAAUUCGAGAAGCUCAAUCCAAGGGUCGUCCCGGAACGGGCUUUCGCCAGCAAGGGCUUAUCUAUGUUUCCACCUCCUCAGUUCUUUCCAGACAUUACCUUGAACUUCACCGAACACAUUUUCCAGAACAGAGCACCAGGACAAGUUGCCCUCUAUGCUUGUAGCGAAGGUCUGGCUGAAAUCACUGAGAUUGAUUGGGAUGAUCUAUAUACCCGCACAAAGACCUUCGCAGAUGCUUUGCGCAACAGCGGUUUGAAGAAGGGCGACCGAGUGGCUGCUGUAAUCUCGAAUUGCGUGGAGACAAUCGUGGCUUGUCUCGCCGUUCUUUCGAUCGGUGCCAUUUUCUCAACAUCAUCUCCCGACAUGGGCGUCUCCGGCAUCAUGGAAUGUCUAGCACAGAUCGAGCCCAGAUUCACCAUCAUUGAGAGCUCGGUACGAUACAAUGGGAAGACUCGUACAUUGAUGGACAAGGCUGAAGCAUGCCUCGAUGGUCUACGUCAAAUUGCUGGCUUCCAGGAGAUGAUUUUGAUCCAGAGACAAGGAUUCUCGUCACCACCAUCCUCUACGGUGACUUGGGAACAGUUCAACACUCGCGCGACGGGGCGAGACUUGACUUAUGAGCAAGUCCCUUUCAAUCACCCCGGCUUUAUCGUCUACUCGUCAGGAACUACGGGCACACCGAAAUGCAUUGUUCAUAGUGCAGCGGGCGUUUUGAUGAAGAUCAAAAAAGACUAUAUGCUGAAUCUUGAUGUUCGUCAAGGAGACACAAUCUAUCAGUAUACCACGACAGGUUGGGUGAUGUGGUUGAUGGUGCUAUGCAGCUUAUCAUACGGGGGCAAGACUGUCCUCUACGACGGAUCUCCAUUAAUUCCCGACAUUAUGGUGACACUGCGAAUGGUCGAGAAGCUAAAAAUAACAUUGUUUGGCACUUCAGCGAGAUUCUUAUCAGACCUCAUGCUAUCCGAGAUAAAGCCUCGUAGGUUAGUCGACCUUUCAUCACUACGCACCGUUUCAUCUACAGGUUCUGUUCUACAGCCGGAUGUAUGUGAAUGGUUUCACGAUCGUGGGUUCCCCUCUAAAGUUCAUCUCGUAUCUGGGAGUGGUGGAACAGAUCUAGCUGGCUCCUUGGUAAAUGGAGAUCCAACGUCCCCUGAAUACGCUGGCGAGAUACAGAGGCCGGCUCUUGGGAUGGCGAUCGAUAUUCUCGACUCGGAGAGCGACAAACCAAUUUCGGUAGCUCAGAAGGGACAACCCGGUGAGCUUGUAUGUCGUAUGCCAUUCCCGAGUCAGCCUGUCAAAUUCUGGGGCAGUGAUGGCAAUAAACGUUAUGAGGACUCAUAUUUCUCACGUUACGGCCGAGGUAUUUGGCACCAAGGAGACUUUGUCUCUAUGUCCCCAAUCACAGGUGGAUUCACUAUGUUGGGCAGGUCAGAUGGUGUUCUAAAUCCUUCGGGGGUUCGAUUUGGUUCUGCAGAGAUCUGUAACGCUAUAUCUGGCAUGCCCGAGUUCGAAGAGACGAUCUGUGUUGGUCAACGUCGGCCUACUGAUCACGACGAGACCGUGUUGCUAUUUGUCAAGAUGAAAAAUGGGCAAGCACUAACCGGGGCCCUCAUUGCCAAAACAAAGAGUCGGAUUCAAGCUGCAUUGACACCGCGUCAUGUGCCCAAGCAUAUCUUUGAAGUGCCGGAAAUACCAUAUACCAUCAAUGGAAAGAAGAUCGAGUUAGUGGUGAAGCAGAUCGUCUCGGGACGCAAGGUCAUUCCUUCUGGGGCGGUCGCAAAUCCAGGCAGUCUCAAAUUCUACGAGAGAUUCGUGGACCUCAAGGCGCUCACAAAAUCCGAGAGGCUUUCAAGCGCAAAGAUAUAG